UGAGAGGAGGAAAGUUGAGUCCGCCCACCGAGCGAGUGUGAGGAGGACGUGAAAUGUUUACAUUCGAGUGGUGACCACCUCGGUCGUCGCAACAGGACAAAGGUCACCAACGAGGCUGAUGCUGUCGGCGCGGGCCCCCCGUUCACGGCCCCCGGAGGCGAGCUAGCCCCCGAUUGCCGGGGCCGAGAAGAGCCGCCGAGCUGGAGGAGCCGCUCCAGACGCACUUCUUGACACAAAAUGCAGGCCAAGAAGCGGUACCUGCUGGUGCUUCUGUCGUGCGCCUUCCUCGCCUACUGCUACUUCGGCGGCUACCGCCUCAAGUCGGCGGCCGAACCGCCCCCGCCGGUCGCCGACACACCGGCCCUGCCCUCCUUCCUCACCGAAGACGUCGCCCUCAACGCCGACAGGGACCUCGCCUUCUCCCCCAGCGUCCGAAGGUCAAACCAACGCCGGGUGCAGGACAACCCGCUGCGGCACUGUCGCAUGGAGACGUGCUUCGACCUGUCGCGAUGCCGUGGCGGCGAGCUCAAGGUGUACGUCUACCCGGUGGAGAACGCGCCCGAACCUAGUCCGACAUAUCGCAAAAUACUUAACGUGAUCCUCGAGUCACGCUACUUCACGCCCGACCCGCAGCAGGCGUGUCUCUUUGUGCUCGCCCUCGACACCCUCGACCGGGACAACCUGUCCGGCGACUACGUGCGCAACAUGCAGGCGCGCGUCCAGCACCUCGAGCACUGGAACGACGGACGCAACCACCUCAUCUUCAACCUUUACGCCGGCACCUGGCCAGACUACGACAUGAACGACCUCGGCUUCGACAUCGGCUACGCGAUGCUGGCGAGGGCAAGCGCACCCGUUUCAGUGCUGCGUUCCGGAUUCGACAUCUCCAUCCCCCUGUUUCACCGAAACCACCCUGAGAAGGGUGGAGAGCCGGGCCUGGUCAACGCGGUCAAUUUCCCCGGCACUAAAAAGUACCUGCUGGCCUUCAAAGGCAAGCGAUACGUGCACGGUAUCGGCUCCGAGACGCGCAACUCACUCUACCACCUUCACAACGGCCGCGACGUCAUCUUGGUGACCACUUGCAAGCACGGCCGCAGCUGGAGGGACCUGCAGGACGAGAGGUGUGAUGAGGACAACGCCGAGUACGAUAGGUACGACUAUGAAGUGCUCUUGCAGAAUUCCACGUUUUGCCUUGUGCCUCGAGGUCGCCGACUGGGCUCAUUUAGAUUUUUAGAGGCCUUGCAAGCAGGCUGCAUUCCAGUGCUGCUCGCCAAUGGCUGGGUGCUACCGUUCGAUUCAGUAAUCGACUGGUCCUUGGCCGUUGUUUGGGCCGACGAAAGACUGUUGCUACAGGUGCCAGACUCAAUCCGUUCAAUAGAAGUUGCCAAGCUGAUCGCACUGAGACAGUGGACACAAAUUCUGUGGGAGCGGUACUUCUCGUCGAUCGAGAAAAUCGUACACACAACCCUCGAGAUUGUGUUUGACCGAGUGUCCCAAGAGAUAGCAGGCUCAAGGAGCGGGCUGAUCUGGAACUCAGCGCCUGGUGCUCUUUUCUCACUGCCUCAGUUCUCCGACACGUGGUCGCAGUACCCGUUCUACGCCGAAGCCUUAGGCUCCGAAGUCAGCCCCAACUUCACCGCGGUGAUCUACUCGCAUCCUGCCAUAACUAACAUUAUUUCACCAAAUGCUAACACGCCACUAAUAAGACUGCUAAAAAGCCUUGGGAAGUCUCGUCAUAUAUCCAGGGUGAUAAUUCUGUGGUCGAUAGAGCGGCCACCCCCGCCAAGGUCCCAUUGGCCCCUCCUUUCUGUUCCUCUAACAAUUUUGCACAAUAACGCGGGCAUAUCUGCUCGCUUCCGGCCGCAGCCGCUCAUCGAGACAGCCGCCGUACUUUCCCUGGACGACGACUCCCUUCUGUCGACGGACGAAAUAGAUUUCGCCUACAAUGUCUGGAGAUCUUUUCCAGACCGAAUAGUCGGCUACCCAGCCAGGUCCCACUUUUGGGAUGACGCAAAGGCCACGUGGGGCUACACGUCCAAGUGGACAAAUGACUAUUCAUUGGUGUUGACUGGUGCAGCUUUCUAUCAUCACUACUACCAUCAUCUCUAUACUUACGGCCUGGGGCCGCUUCUUCACAAAACAGUCGAGCAAAGUCAGAACUGCGAAGACAUUCUGAUGAACUUUUUAGUCAGCCAUGUGACCAGAAGACCACCCAUCAAGGUGACUCAGCGAAAGGUCUACAAGGAGAAUCCUGCCAGUGGAUCCAGGUCGCCCUGGAACGACCCGGACCACUUUGUGCAGCGGCAGACCUGCCUGAACACAUUUGCAGCCGUCUUCGGCUACAUGCCAUUGUUACGUUCCAAUAUGAGACUUGACCCAGUACUUUUUAAAGACCCUGUUUCCAAUCUGCGCAAAAAGUACCGCCAGAUUGAACUUGUUGUAAGCUAGCACUGCGCAGUGACCUGUUGAAACAAACCUUUUUGUUCCACGUUCGUCUCAAACCAUUGCUGAAAGACUUGUACUCCUGUUUUUUUUUAUAUAUAUAUGCCGGUCUGUGCAAUCUUAGUUGAACAUACCACAUCUAAUUUUUCCUAAUAUCGUGUUGUUUUACGAUGUCUUGUGAUUUAAACCUACUUUUGUGUAUAACGAUGGUUCUUGUAACGCCUGCACUGUAGUACUUUUAAUUUUGUCAGUUUAAGUAAAAAAAAAUUAAGAACAAUGCGAGUUCUCAACUCGGACACGUGCGAACACACAAAUGCAUAAACACAAUAUCUAAUCUUCUCUCAUAAUCGCGAAUGCCACUAUUUCACGAGAAACCAACCAUAUCUAAGUAAUUAAGGGCUUCAUGUAAUCACAAACAAACACACACUGCUCCUCACCAGUAAUUGUUAAUUCUUAUGUUGUUGCUUUUGGUACUGCCUAAUAAUGACGAUAAUAAGAAAACACUAAUUUGUUUUAAUAAAACUGUAAAAA